GCUUCUAAUUACGAUUACGAACGGCCGGAUUGCUCUUUAAUUACGCGCAUAUCCAGAGUGCACGAUGUAAUAACUUUACAGAGUGCGCUUUUCAAAACGUAUAUUCAAGUGUAGUAGGUAAGAAUCGACGCAUACAGGCGCACUCAAUCUCAGUGUAGAUUAGUUCGUCUGGUUGGACGGUAUAUUUUUUUAUCUGGAAAAUGCGCGAGCAUCUCAUUUCAAGCUGACUUUGUUUAGUUCGUCGCGCGGGAAGCUGCUGGCCGGUUGAAGAUUGAUAGCUAUGACUGAUUAUUUAUAUUAAAAAAAAGAGUGACUUAGUACGCGAGUGUUUAAAAGAAAUAAAAUCGCAAUGGAAUCGGCGGGAAUUAUUUCAGACUUGUUUCCCGAGUAUGUAGUUAGUUUUGUGGAUGAACUGGAUGAGCAUCCUUGGUUGUUCGCGUCCCUGGCGUCAAUUCUAGUGGGUCUGAGUGGUAUUCUGCCUCUUUUCAUCAUCCCGAUCGACGAGACAGCCUCUUUCAAGGAUGGAUCUGGCGCAGCUACACUGCGGAUACUGCUGAGCUUCGCAGUGGGCGGGCUGCUGGGAGAUGUGUUCCUACAUCUGCUGCCGGAGGCGUGGCAGCACGACUUCGCUUCUACGAAAGAAGGCGAACACGUAUCAAUGAAAUGCGGCCUCUGGUGUCUCUUCGGCAUGCUGGUGUUCAUCGUCGUGGAGAAGCUCUUCGCGGCCUCCGAGGAAGAGGAAGAACCUAAACAGAACGGCUCCAUCAAGCAGAUAGAGAUAGAGGAGAUAGACAAGCUGCUGACGGCGGAGAAGAGGAAGCGGGGGACGUCCGAGGGGGAGGGGAUCUGUGGGGGGAACGGGAUGGUUACGGCUAAGCAGCUGUAUGAUUCCUGUGUGUUUAAUAAUAAUACUAAAGGAGAAGGCGGGUGCUGCAGUAGCGGUUCAAUAGCUAACGGCUCGCCACAGCGGUGCGGGAAAGGCAACCGAUGGAUGGGGCGGUGCCUUCUACGAGAAGCCAGGGAGAAAGCACUAGCAGCUGCCAAGGAGAAACCUGAGAGAAAAGACGUGGCGGGUUACCUGAACCUGAUGGCUAACUCCAUCGACAACUUCACACACGGGCUGGCGGUCGGCGGCUCCUUCCUUGUAGGCUUCCGAGUCGGCCUGCUCACUACCUUCGCUAUCCUAGUACACGAGAUUCCGCAUGAGGUGGGUGACUUCGCCAUCCUACUGAAGAGCGGGUUCUCGCGCUGGGAGGCAGCUAAGGCUCAAUUGGCGACGGCGUCAGCUGGUCUGAUCGGAGCCAUGACAGCCGUAAUAUUCAGCGGAGCCAGGAAUGCUAUUGAGGCAAAAACAUCCUGGAUAGUCCCGUUCACGGCGGGUGGGUUCCUCCACAUAGCGCUGGUGACCGUGCUGCCAGACCUGCUGCGAGAGGAGGACAAGUGGGAGUCGCUCAAACACCUCGCUGCACUGGUUGCCGGCAUCGUGGUCAUGGCCGUCAUGACGCAUUACUUUGGAUAGGCAUCCAGGCUAGGAUAGGGCCCCUAGGCACUUAUACUCUGUACCUUUAGGUAUUUAAAUAAAAGUAAACAAAAUCUACCCUCAAAUGGCUCCAAGCCAGUUAAGGGUAGAUGAAAACAUUACAUGAUCAAAUAAUGUAGGUUAGGUUGUUCAGUGACAGAUCCAGGCGGUUUUGUAUUUGGUGGGUUAACCAGUAACUGUUAUAACUACCCGAAAAUGUACAAAUUGUUUACUUUUAUUUAAAUACCUAAAGAUACAGACUAGUAUGGAACCCCCUUUACCACCUGAAAACUGUUGCUAGGUUAUUUGGGACCCUAAGGUUCGGGCCUUGUGGGCCUAGGGGUAAUCCGGUAGGUGUCUGGAAGUAGGGAGUCCCAGCAGUGGACUCCAUGCUCGUAAAUUAUUAUGAGCUCCGAAUAUUAUGAACAACCUUAAUCUGGAUAUUUUUAAAUAUUCUAAGUAUAUAAUGCAGUGACUACAAAAUUGAUGCCUCAACAUCAAUUACGUUGUAAGUAUGUCUAAUUGCAUACAUAAAAUACCAGUUAUACACAUAUUCCAUACAUUUUUAUAACUUCAUUAUUAAUUGAUAAGGUUUUCAUAACUUUGAUUUUUUUUAUGUAGAAAAUUAAAAAGUAAAUAUGUGACACAGAUUUCUAAAACAGCCCUGAAUUAACCCAAACUAAUUUAUGGAUAUCUCGAAUAUAUGAGCAAGCAGUAUUCGAAUAUAUAUUUUGGUGGAGCAAUGUGACUUGUUAGAUUGCGAUGCGAAUUAUUAUAUUAUUAGGUAAUAGCAUUAAGUAAGGGCAGUGUUCUGGUUCAAUUCUAAAUUUAAAGCAUUAACUUUACACGCGUAAAUACUCCGUGACAGUCGAGUCAUAAAUAUGUACACGUUAUUUUAAUUAAGGCAUAUUAAAGAUUUCGACGUCGCAAAUAUAUGAAUAUGUAAAUAUUAUUGUUACUAUUACAUAGUUUUAAUAUUCGCAUACGAAGAAAUGGUGCCAUCUAAUCGGUGCAUCAAAAACAAUUAUAAAUUGUAAAAUAUUACACUAAUAUAAUAUUGUCAUAUUUAAAAAGUGGCAUGUCAAUUUGAUCAUUUUGAUCGCUAUCAUAAACAUCACUUACAGUCAUUUUUAUUGUACGUCAGAAGAAUAGUUUUCCAUUAUUUUCCUUUUCCAGGCCGCACCAAUCUACAAGGUUUUCCCAAAAAAUCCAAAUAUAUUCCAAUCAAUCCAGCUUUGCUGAUUAAUUUGAAGACAUGUCACAUUUCCGGAAAACCAAUCUAAUCUGAACCUUAAAUCGGAAUGCGAAAGUUGAAAUUCUAUUGGCUCGUAUGUGGUCGAUAAAUCGUACUAUGCCUGGAAAUGGGUUAAACUGAUAUGGAACUAUUAUAAAAUAAAUUUUAAAAUACAUUAUCGAAACGUUCAAAUCACACUUUAGUAAAUAGACUUAGCCAAAGAAGAGUAGCAUUAACAAUAGACAUAUUAAUAUUAAUUAUAUUUUAACUUUUCAUGAACACACUUUUUCAUCACUUCUUAAGGGGUAUCCAGACGGGACUGACGAAAUCAGUCGCUUUGUUCAGGAAAAUAAUUGGUCAAUCUCAUCUAGCGUCCACACGUACACAAAUUAAAUCACCAAUUUGAAUUCUACUAUGAAAAUUGGCAUUUUUGUAUCCGCACCUGCUGAUGUGAUCGGGGAAUCAAAUUGGUAUUUGCGUCCGCACGGCCCUGUUCGAUCGGAGAAUUUCAUCAGAUUGGCGAAAAAUAUUGUCUCGUCUGGAUACAAUUUUAACUUACUCAACACAUCGUCACAUGUAUGUGUUCGAGUUUUUUUUUCUGUUUAAAUAAUAUCAAAUAUAUUUAAUGUUUCAUAGUCGAAAAUAUGGUUAAGUAAAUAUUUAAAGAAGAGAUUGAUUUAUCUCCACUAUAAAGUAUAGCUAAGUCAUAGAUGUUAGCUAAAAAAAUCACCAUUUAAAUUUAUAGACAGGUCGUAAAAGGGCAUUCCAAAUUAAAGUUGCACCCCAAAUUUUAGUUUUUGGAAUAUUUAUAUUUUAUUGACUCUUUUGAAUCACGAGCUAUUUCGAUCCUAAUACACGAAAAAAACUGUCCCCAAAAUGACAUACAAUUUUUUUUGUCCGUUCCGUUACGGCCAUAGAUAUAUUGAAUACCGUAAUCGAACAGAGCA